AUGCCGGCCUUGACAAAUGAUACCUUCGAUCUGCCUCUGGCUAAGAGGCAGAAGAAAACUCUCAGCAAAGAAAAGAGGGUAGCCAACCAGCGUGAGGGGUCCAAAAUUUUUGCUCCUUUCCGGACAUUGGGACUGGUGUCUCCGACUUCAGUGCCAUUCACUAGUGUUCGCCUAGGAAAGUCAACUUAUCAGAUCACGACAUCGGUAGGUCAUACGCUACAGACCUAUGAUCUGAGACGGGGCUUGAACCUGAUCUUCUUGAGUCGGCCACAAACCCCAGAGUUCAUCACGGCGACAUGUGCCUGGCAGGAUAAAGUACUCGCUGCAUGGGGCUACCUACGUCCCCGUUCCCCUGGAGGGGUUUGGGUGUUCAAGCGUGGUAAACGUGUCGCGUCUCUGGAGAGCCCUAAUUUAGAUGGCCCGAUUGAACGCUUAGUGGUGUUCGGUUCGUGGGUCGUUGGCUGCUGGACAGGUGGUCUUGAAGUGUGGAAGACGGGAAGCUGGGAACACUAUGCCAGUCUACGACCGCGAGGAAACCCAGGCUCUGCGGGCGAACCCAUCUACACAGGACUAUUGUGUAACAUGCCAACAUAUCUUAACAAGAUAUUCGUUGGGCGUAUGGAUGGGGCCGUGGAUAUCUGGAAUAUCCGGAGUGGGAAGCUGCUGCACACGUUACCCACACCAUCGUCGGAUUCCGGACCAGUCACGGCGAUCCAUCCAACCCCUGCUUUGUCUCUACUGGCCAUUGCCCACAAGAGCGGUGCUUUGUCGGUCUACAACAUUGACUCGGGCCAGCUAGUAUUGCCUCUCCGGACUUCCUCGGCACGCGUUCUUCCGGUAACAUCGAUCACGUUCCGCAGUGAUGGUCUAGGGGCAGGUCACGAUGGCCGAAAAGCCGGUGUCAUGGCUACUGCCGCGAGUGGAAGCGGUGAUAUUACCAUGUGGGAUUUGAACGAUGGAGGUCGGGUGGCUGGCAUCCUGCGUGGAGCUCACCGCGUAGCAAACCGAGACAAUAGCACGGGUGUGAAUCGCGUCGAGUUCUUGGACGGACAGCCAGUACUCGUGUCAUCGGGAGACGACAAUGCCUUGAAAACAUGGAUAUUUGACGAGACACCCUUCUCGCCGACACCUCGGCCACUCCAUGUACGAGGUGGGCACUCUGCUGCCGUCAGCGCCCUAGAAUUCUUACCUGCCGCCUCCGAUGGAUCCGACUCUGGUGGAAAGUGGCUUCUCAGUGCAAGCAAGGAUUGCAGUCUCUGGGGACUGAGCUUACGCAAGGAUAGUCAGCACGCCGAGAUUUCGCAAGGUAGUGUGGAGCGCAAGUCGAAGAAACUGGGUCCCUCCGAUCCAUCAAGCUCGGUGGUCGAUCCUCUCAAAGCCCCUGAGGUAACUUGUAUUGCCUGUUCCCUAAACCGAGAUGCAGGUAUGGGCAUCACCACUUCAGGCCCCAUCUGGUCGAACCCCAAGUUCACUAACACCGAAUCUUCCAACUCCACCGGAUGGGAGAGCGUCGUUACCGGCCAUCGAGGGGACAAGUAUGCGCGUACUUGGUUCUGGGGAAAGAAGAAGGCCGGUCGUUGGGCAUUUGCAACAAGUGAUGGAACGGAAGUGAAGAGCGUGGCUGUGUCCCAAUGUGGAACAUUUGCAGUCAUUGGAUCAGCAGGGGGAUCCAUCGAUUUGUUUAACUUGCAAUCUGGGCAACAUAGGCAGAGCUUCCCGUCCCGGGGGGCCAAGUCUCGCGCCACGAAGGUGCAGGGAGGUAGCGAUUCGGUAUUUGCUUCCUCGCGCCUUGAAAAUGCAAGACAUAGCAAGUCAGUGACUGGAUUGAUGAUUGAUAAUCUCAACCGAACCGUUAUCAGUUGUGGCCUGGAUGGCAAGGUCAAGUUUUGGGAUCUGCUCUCGGGCUCUUUAAUUGAUGAAUUGGAUUGGAAUCCAAUGGCAGCGGUGACUGGAAUUCGUUACAGCAAGACCAGCGAACUUGUCGCCUUCAGCUGCGACGACCUCUCUAUUCGUGUGGUUGAUCUUGAAACCCACAAGUUAGUGCGUGAAUUCUGGGGCUGCGUGGGUCAAGUAAAUGAUUUCAUUUUCUCCAAUGAUGGCCGGUGGAUCAUUGCGGCUUCUAUGGACUCCGUGGUACGGAUUUGGGACUUGCCCACUGGGCAUCUCAUCGACAUCUUUCGCGUUUCUAACACAUGUGUCUCACUUGCGAUGUCAUCCACUGGAGAGUUCCUGGCUACAGCACAUGCUGGAAGCAUCGGCAUUAGCCUCUGGAGUAACCGUAGCCUGUUCAUGCCCGUGUCCACCAAAAAUCUGGACGAGGAUCUCAUUGAGGAUGUUGGUGUGCCAACAACAUCUGGCGAGAGCGGCGCGGGUCUUGUCGAGGCAGCUUUUAUGGAGGCCCCUGAGCCAGAGGAGGCAGAAGGACCCGUGCUGACAAGUGAACAGUUGCGGCAAGAUAUGCUUACUCUCAGUCUGGUUCCUAAGAGCAAAUGGCAGGCAUUGGUUCAUCUUGACUCUAUUAAGGAACGCAAUCGGCCCAAGGAAGCUCCUAAGGCCCCCGAGAAGGCACCAUUCUUCCUUCCCUCUUUGCUCGGUGAUGCGCGCCCCGGGUCGGUCCAUGACACUGCUGCCGAGAUCGCCGAAGCUGGGUCUCUUUCUCACAACGUUGAGGCAGAGCGAUCUCGGGUGACCAAGAUGCCAACUAGGGGGGUUGGUUCUGAAUCCACUAUUACCCAAUCCCUCAGGUCCGGUCACGACUCUGGGGAUUAUGACGCUUUGAUUGACCAUCUCAAAUCCCUAUCCCCGGCACGAGCUGACCUGGAGAUUCGUUCUCUUGACCCGCGGGCGCGCGACGGCUUCUCCGAGUUAUCCAGUUUCGUCAGAGCUCUCACAAUUCGUCUCAGGCUGAGAAGGGAUUUUGAACUGGUCAACGCAUGGAUGGCGGUGUUUCUGAAGAUCCAUGCUGAUACGGUGGGACUCUGUUCUUGCCGAGAUGAACCAGAAUAUCGUCUCUUGCAAGAAGCCCUUGCAUCUUGGAUCCAUGAACAGGAACGGGAAGGUAAACGUCUCGCUGAACUGGUGGGAUACUGCCGUGGAGUUGUUGGCUUCUUAAGAUCCGCAAGAUAA